AUGACAGACGUCGAUGCCUUUCGGGACGCGGAAUACAUCGCUGACGUGUCCGGCAUAUCCUAUGACGAUGAGGAGCCACCAAGGCCAACAGGCACGCUCAGCAGCCAAAACCGCUGCGUGAAGAAAGUCCACUCCGCUGCCAAAGUAGCCUUCAUUGACAGGUUGAUGCGCGAUCUUGACAUAUUCAUUUAUUGUCAACUUUCCGCCCUAUAUUACAUGGACUGCUCGAUAUUACUCUUUGCAUUACGCGCCCUAGUCCAAUUGAUCUUAUUCACCCCAAAAGCGCCUCCCUUUGAACCUACCCGAAACCACCCUUUCAUUGGCGGCAUCAUCGUCAGUAAUCUGAUAUGCGUGAUCUUCCAUGCCUUCUUCAUUCGUCCCGAAGCCGGCGAGGAAACUCGUGGCUAUCUGCAUGGGGGUCUGUUCAUCGAUUUCAUCGGACAAACACCCGUUUCCAUCUCGCGGCUUCUAGCAUUCGACCUUCUAAUCUUCCUCGUCGAUAUCGUACUGUUGGCUCUGACCAUCGAGCGGGUCAACACCAUCGGAACCCCUACUCCAACUCCUACAGGUCCGCCCCCAGCUCCAAAUCUAGAUACAAACCAAGAGACAACGGGAUCCGAGCCACAAGACCAUGAUGCCGAAGAGCGCGGAGUCUUGCGGCAGGAAGACGGCCAUGAAGUACCACCCUCUGCCGACAGCACAGAAUCGCCUCACAGUAGCAGUGUCGAUGAGGAAGUUGAAGAGGAGCGCACAAGUCUCCUGGCGGAUCCGACGGAGGGCCAGUCUCCAAUUGCUGCUCGAGGGGGUCACCCGACGGAUACAUUUGCAUCUGGCGAGGUCAUCAUCGCCAACGUUCCUCUUUGGGGUACUCUUAGAGAUCAGCAGCGUUAUUACAAGGACCUUACUACACGGCAGGCAUCUGGCUUCACUCCGACGGCAGAGACAGCGAGUUUCCUUCGUCAACGUUUCGGUCUCCAGGUUGGGACUGACGGUCGCAUUGAACGUGUCAAUACAUGA